CUCAGAUUGGAAUACUUCAAUUUUGGACCCACCCCCGAUUCCCUUCUACCUUCAAAUUCUUCCUUUUCUUCCCUCAAUUUUUUUUUUGUAUUUUAUUUGACCACAACAAAAAAUGUAUGAUUUGGGGGAUGAAGUAACGAUUGAAAGCUACAGAAUCCCUUGGCUGAUAUGGAUCCAAAUAAUCGUCCUUCUACUUCUCAUGCUUCUUCUUUAUGGCUUCACUCUCUUCGCUUUCGAUCUCCCCGAAACUUCUUCUUCUUCUUCUUCAUCUUCCCCUGACUCCCAGUUGGGCAAGCUACCUGGUUUCAAGCAAACUACAACCUUUUCUUCCCAGGUCAUAGAAAGGCAGAGCAUAAGGGGAGAGAUAGGCAUAACAAAAACAACAAGUAGGAGGAUGGUAAGAGGAGAAGAGAUGGAGGGAAGUUCAAGAAAGGAACCAAAUCAGCAGGAAUUGGACCUUCAUCCCUGUCACUAUUUCAGGCUUGCUAAACUAGCAUUUCUCAAGUGUUUGGGUCUUGAUUCUGAUCAUAACAAUAAUACUUCAAUUACUGAACAAAGAAACCAAAGAUAAGUGCAUACUUCUUGUUAUUUAUUAAAGUUGGUGGUAUACAGGGAAAAAUUGUCUUCUUUUCUUGGGCCAAGAGGUAAAAUUCGGGGGCGGAAUAUUUGCUUUGGUUAUUUUAAGUUUUUCAGUUUCUUUUUUCUUUCUGAAAAAGGAAGUAUUUAGUUUUGAUAGUUAAUAUGCUUUAUUAAUUAAAAUUCGAGUCCUUAAAAGGAAUUUUAGAGUUAAUUGUAAUAGACAUCUCAAAUUAUGAUAUUCAUUUUAAA